CGGGGCCCCGCGGAGGGCGGGUCGGACCGCCCAACCGAGGCUUGGUGCGGUUCCGCGCGGUUAUCGGCGGGGCCCCGCUAGCUAAAAUGUAAUUUCAGAUUGGACAAGUGGAGGGAUGGCAAUGCCUGGCGGAGAUCAGGAACUCGGGAGCUACUACGUGGGUGUGGACGUGGGGACAGGCAGUGUCCGUGCAGCUCUGGUGGACCAGAGGGGUAUCCUCUUGGCUUUCGCAGACCAGCCAAUCAACCAGUGGGAGCCUCAGUUCAACCACCACGAGCAGUCCUCCGAGGACAUCUGGGUUGCCUGCUGCAUUGUCACAAAGAAAGUUGUACAAGGGAUUGAUUUAAACCAAAUUCGAGGGCUUGGGUUUGAUGCCACGUGUUCUCUGGUUGUUUUGGAUAAGCAGUUUCGUCCUUUACCAGUGAAUCAUGAAGGGGAUUCUCAUCGAAACAUCAUCAUGUGGCUGGACCACCGGGCGGUCAGUCAGGUCCACAGGAUCAACAAAACCAAGCACAGUGUGCUGCAGUACGUUGGGGGUGUGAUGUCCGUGGAAAUGCAGGCCCCGAAGCUUCUGUGGCUAAAAGAGAACUUGAGAGAGACUUGCUGGGAUGAGGCGGGACAUUUCUUUGAUCUCCCAGACUUCUUAUCGUGGAAGGCAACAGGUGUCACAGCACGGUCUCUCUGCUCCCUGGUGUGCAAAUGGACAUACUCUGCAGAGAAAGGCUGGGAUGACAGUUUCUGGAAGAUGGUUGGCUUGGAAGACUUGGUUGCAGAUAAUUACAGCAAAAUAGGAAACCAAGUGCUGCCACCUGGAACUUCUCUUGGAAAUGGGCUCACACCAGAGGCAGCAAAGGACCUUGGCCUUCCUGCUGGAAUUGCAGUGGCAGCUUCACUAAUUGAUGCCCAUGCAGGAGGACUAGGAGUGAUUGGAGCAGAUGUGAGGGGGCAUGGCCUCGCCUGUGAGGGACUGCCGGUGACGUCACGGCUGGCUAUCAUCUGUGGAACAUCUUCUUGUCACAUGGGGAUCAGCAAAAACCCGAUCUUUGUACCAGGAGUCUGGGGCCCUUAUUUCUCAGCCAUGGUCCCUGGGUUCUGGCUGAAUGAAGGUGGCCAGAGUGUUACUGGAAAACUGAUAGAUCACAUGGUGCAGGGCCAUGCUGCCUUCCCUGAACUACAAGCCAAGGCCACAGCCAGAUGCCAGAGUAUAUAUGCAUAUUUGAACAGUCACCUGGAUCUGAUUAAGAAGGCUCAGCCCGUGGGUUUCCUCACUGUUGAUUUACAUGUUUGGCCAGAUUUCCAUGGCAACCGGUCUCCCUUAGCAGAUCUGACACUAAAGGGCAUGGUCACCGGAUUGAAACUAUCUCAGGACCUCGAUGAUCUUGCCAUUCUCUACCUGGCCACAGUUCAAGCCAUUGCUUUCGGAACGCGCCUCAUUAUAGAGGCCAUGGAGUCAGCAGGGCACUCGAUCAGCACCCUUUUCCUCUGUGGGGGCCUCGGCAAGAACCCCCUUUUUGUGCAAAUGCACGCGGACAUUACCGGCAUGCCUGUGGUCCUGUCGCAAGAGGUGGAGUCUGUUCUCGUGGGUGCUGCUAUUCUGGGGGCCUGUGCCUCGGGGGAUUUCGCUUCUGUACAGAAGCAGUAGAGGAAGCAUCUGAAGCAAAAAUCAGCAGAAGGAAACAGUGACAAGAGAUCAAAAUGAAUUCAGCCAUCAUUUUAAUGGUAGUACCAGAGUAAAGAAAACAAGCUCUUGGAAUCAACCAAUUAAUCAAAACCUUUUUUCCUCCCGCGGUGUGAGGGUUGCCGCCUCUGUAAACCAUUGACUCCACGCGUUCCCACCAUCAACUUUCCCUGUCACGUUCCAGACAGACUCCUGUGUCUCGCAGACCAAUGCAUCUAAGUGGCCAGUGGAGAGCGGUGAUUACUCACCCUUUCUGUAAUGUGUGCCCACAGGAUAAACUAUCCACGCUGACCGCAGUGGUCUACCCUCAAGGUCAGUCCUUGCAAACAUCCUCACUGCUUAGCUGAAGCCUCUCCUGUUCUUUUUCAUGAAAUUUACUUCAUUUAGAGCCAGUUUAUAUUCAUCACCUAUUAUGUGCUUCAAAGCCUGUUAUUUUUUUAUGCUAUACAAUACGUCUCCAUUCUGUUUUAUUUUGUGAGAGUCAACUUUCUGUGUUUUUUAGUCCUGUUUGGCUUCCCGUCACCAUAAAUACCAGUUUUACAUUUUGCAAAGUAAAGUUGAUUACCAUGAUCUUGCUUUCUGGAGGUUUGGAAAGACUGAUAUAUAAUAGAUGUUCAGAAAUAUGAAACCAUGUCAUUUCUUGGCACGUUCAAUCUUAAUUUGCUGGGUUUCUUUCCUUUUUCUGGAAUACAACUACUAAUUCAUGUUCAUUGGGAAAAAAUAAGAAAAUUCAGUUAAGCUGAAAGAAAAAUAUGAAAACACGGAUAUUACUACCCUAAAACACCCACUAUAUUAAAUUCUGGCUUCUAUCUUUGUAAUCGUUUUGUACAUACUUUUAAAUUAUUUUAUACCUUUCUAAAUUACAAAACUGUGUUCAUACAAUGCAUAUUGUUUUGUAGCCUUUUUUCCCCCACCCCAAAAUACAUAGUAAACA